AUAUUCUUUUUAGAUUCCGCGUUGUUUCAGCAAUCUCAGCUACAAAUUUUCGAUCCUCCUCAAAUUCCAGAGUAUAUUGAAGUCUAUACAGGGCAACCGGCUGAUAUUCGCGCGGUGGCUGCUCAGUUUUUCAACGAUAUUCACCAGUGGAUGCCAAUUAUUUCCAAGCGACGUUUUUACCACCAACUCUUGAAUCCUCUUUCGCCGCGCCGGGCUGACUUUGUGAUGGUCAUCAUCGCAAUGAGAUUGAUUACGUGGUCACCAUCUGAGCUCACGGCCGAACCGAGAUCUCCUAUGUACUUAGCAGCGAAACGUUAUUGUGCGGAAACAGAAAUGACGGGUAAUAUCACGAUAACAUUUCUACAGGCUACCAUUUUCAUCGCCAUCUAUGAGUUUGGGCAUGCUAUAUAUCCGGCCGCAUAUCUCUCGAUUGGUUCUUGUGCGCGAUAUGGAGCCGCUCUAGGCCUUAACAAUGAUGGGAAAGGUUCAGGUCGGCCACCCCCGGACGACUGGGUAGAACUAGAGGAGAUGAGGAGGGUGUGGUGGGGAGUUUUGAUACUUGAUUGCCUAGUCAAUCUUGGCAAUCCUUUACGCAUGCUCGCGACGGAGGAGCCAAAGUCGGAACACCCGUUGCCGGUAGAUGACACAACAUGGGAUAACGGGAAUACGAUACCAGAAAAUGAUUUGACAUUAUCUAGUUGCUCGUCGCUAGAAAUGGGCCGGUUCGCUCGGUUCGCUCAAGCGACUGCGCUUUUGGGAAAGGUGCUUAGACACAUCUGUGACGACAUCAUAGAUGAGUCUCUCUACGAUGAGGAAGGAGUACAGCUACAACGAACACUCUCUUCACUUGUAAAUCUCUCAUUUAUCGAAGGCCAAGCUCGUAACUUGGAAUUCUGUACGCAGACAGCUACAUGCUAUAGCGCAAUCUUAGCUCUCCACCAACCAGAAGUUACGGCUGCGAAUCUCAAAUAUAGAUCUGCUGCCAACAAUUCAGAAAACACACCGGAAGCAGUAUCAAGGCGCACGGCGAUAAUUGUGCAGAGCUUUCAGCCCAGAGGACAUAUACCCGUUAGCAUUGUCUCUCCAUUUUGUUUACAUUUAAUCUACCAAGCGGCUCUUAUCUUUACCAGAGGCACGCAAUUAACAGAAACAAGCGAUAAAAUGAGCCUCCUAGAGCAGCUCAAAUGGGGCCUCAGUAUACUGAGCAGCAAAUGGAAAGCU